GAUUUUUACCUUCACAAUCCUUCUAAUCCAUCCUAUAUAUAAAGGAACCGGCAUUCUAUAUAUAUUCAACCUCAUUCUAUAAACGGAAGCAAACUCUCAAGCAUGGUACUUCCGCGUAUGGCGCAUCAACGAGGAAAGCUUCAAACAAAUUUCAUCAAGGAGACAACUGCCGGACUGCAAACACUAAUCCUAUAUCCUGAUGCUCUCAAUGUAAUAUGGGGUGGACCUAGCUCGAACAAUCGUUACUGGAAACGUACAACUAUAGACGGAUCACAAGCACUUGAGCUCGUCGGAGUCUACUGGCUUGAAGUUAGUGGGAGAUUACCAUUGAGUGAACUAACAUCCGGAAAGAAAUAUAAAUUGUACUUUGUCAUUCAAAUGAGCCAGAAUUCAUCGGGUUGGGAUAAUUACGACGUGUGGUUUAAUAUUCGAAUAGCAGGACAAAGAUCACAACGGCAGAGGAUGAGAUUUAAUAGACUUAUUCGAAGUGAUUGGCAUAAUGUUCCUGAUAAUGGUCUUGAAUUUACCGUCCCCGAGGAAAGUAAUGCUGCGUUAACUUUCGCAAUGUAUGAUAUCGAAUGCGAAGAACUUAAAAAGGGUCUUCUUAUUAAAGAAGUAAGAAUUCAGGAGGUUGGUCAAUAAAUAAACUCGCUUUAAGAUCAAGGAAUUAGAAUAAACAUCGAUAUCUAUAUCUACGAAUUGUUUACUUCUGUAUUGUAGUAUGUUCCUGGCUUGCAAUUUUAAGUAUUGGCUUUUCUUUUGAUGUAUGUUCUUUACUGAAACUAAUAACACGGCGUCGGGAUGCUCGUAAUAUGGGGCAUAACAUCUCCCGGCCUCAUAUUUAAAUGUCAUUUACAACUUUUUCAA